CAUGAGCUCACCCUCUCUUUUCCUCAUCUCUGCACUCAAAUUCAGCUCGCAAGUAAUCUCGUUAGUACCACAGAUGGAGGUAAAUAAGGAACAGAUAUUGGAGCUGCAUGGGAGUUUUGAGGGGAUAGAUCAUGAAGCUGCAACCACACCUUGGACUGUGAAGGAUGCCAUUAUCGUACCCCAAAGAAAAUCUUGCAGCAAAAUCUCAAGCAUAGCUCAAGAUGACAAAGAUGAGGCUGGAAUUAGUAAAAUGAAAAGCUUUGAUAAAAAUUUGGAAUCCCCAACUGGGAGAAAAAUUCGCAAGGCAAAGUCACUGAGUGCUCAGUUCUUAGUCAAUAUAGAUGAACUGAUAAACAAUAUUCCAGGAAGCUAUGAUCAGACAUGUUCCGUUCUCAAUAGGGCUUCAAGCAAUGGUUUAGGAUAUUCCUUCCCACUUGCUGGUGCCACAAUGCCUUCAGAGAACUUUCCAGAUGUCUUGAGACUUCAAAGUCCAAAUUGCAAUCAAGAUAGUGAAAAUGGACAAUUUGAGCCUGAUCAUGAAGAUGAACCAAAUUCAUUCAGGUGGAAGCAAAUAAAUAGUGAACCUGUCCUACCAAUAUAUAUCAAGUUCCAGGAUGUGAAGUAUAAGGUAUCAAUGAAAGGUGUAAAAAGGUCAGGUUCAGAGAAGUAUAUACUGCAUGGAAUCACCGGUUCAGUAAAUCCUGGAGAGGUACUUGCACUAAUGGGACCAUCAGGAGGCGGCAAAACAUCUCUUCUUUCUCUUCUUAGUGGAAGAGUCAAAUUUAACAGUGGUACCAUCACUUACAAUGACCAACCAUACACAAGGUCUCUAAAAACAAGGAUUGGAUUUGUGUUGCAAGAUGAUGUAGUGUUUCCCCACCUCACAGUCAAAGAAACACUAACUUAUGCUGCUCUGCUUCGUCUUUCAAGUACCUUAACUAGAGAACAGAAGAAAGAAAGGGCAAUGAAUGUUAUUAGCGAGCUAGGCCUUGAAAGGUGCCAAGAUACCUUAAUUGGUGGCAAAUUUGUAAGAGGGAUUUCUGGUGGUGAGAGAAAGAGGGUUUGCAUUGGCAAUGAAAUCCUUCUCAACCCAUCCCUACUCUUCUUGGAUGAACCAACAUCUGGUCUUGAUUCAACAACUGCACUCCGGAUUGGUCAGAUACUUAAUAACAUUGCAAAGGCUGGCAAGGCAGUGGUGACCACAAUACAUCAGCCAUCAAGCAGGCUCUUUCACAAGUUUGAUAGACUUAUUCUCUUGAGCAGAGGAAACUCCUUGUACUUCGGGAAAGCCUCUGAAGCAAUGAUGUAUUUCUCCUCCAUUGGUUGCAAUCCACUUAUUGCUAUGAACCCAUCAGAGUUUCUUAUUGAUCUCGCAAGUGGAAAUAUAAAAGACAAAUCAGUUCCAUCAGAGCUGGAAGAUAAGUUCUUACAAGGAAGCAAAAGACAUGACAAAAAAGAUGGAGGACCUUCCUCAGUUGAUGUCCAAGAGUUUCUUGUGGAGGCCUACGAAGUAAGGCUCGCAAAAAUAGAGGAAAGAAAGCUCCAAAAACCUGUGAUAAUACAGAGCGAGCCAGAAAAAGAGGGCAGGUCAAAUUCAAGGGAAUGGGGAGCAACUUGGUGGGAACAGUUCUCAAUUCUUUUCAGUAGGGGCCUUAAAGAGAGACGCCAUGAAUACCUAAGCUGUAUGCGCGUAACUCAAGUUAUUUCUACUGCAGUAAUCAUUGGGCUGCUUUGGUGGCAUUCAGAUGCUUCAACUCCUAAGCGACUUCAAGAUCAGGCAGGGCUGUUGUUCUUUGUUUCAGUAUUUUGGGGCUUCUUUCCUUUAUUCAAUGCCAUAUUCACAUUCCCACAAGAAAGAGCUAUGCUGGCUAAAGAGAGAUCAGUUGGGAUGUAUAAACUCAGCGCUUACUUUUUAGGCAGAACCACUAGUGAUCUUCCUUUGGAUCUCCUACUGCCUAUAGUGUUCCUUCUAAUAGUUUAUUUCAUGGUGGGAUUGAAGCUUAGCUUUGCAUCAUUUUCUCUAACCAUGCUUACAGUUUUCCUCAGUGUCGUGGCUGCUCAGGGUCUUGGACUGACCAUAGGAGCAGCAUUUAUGGAUGUGAAGAAAGCCACAACAGUAGCUUCCGUCAUAGUUAUGGCCUUCAUGUUAUCUGCUGGAUUCUUUAUCCAGAAAGUCCCAUUAUUCAUGUUGUGGGUACGCUACAUCUCAUUCAACUAUCACACAUAUAGGUUGCUCCUAAAAAUACAGUAUGGAUGCCCAGCUCCAACUUCUGGAUCAAGUUCUUGCGAGUCUCCUUUCAUCAGAGGAUUAAGACUGGGUGAAGGUGAAACAGAAGUCGGGGCUCUGAUGGCCAUGGUCAUUGUGUAUAGGCUACUUGCCUACUUACUCCUAAGGAGAAUUUCUAAGACAUAGUCUAUUCCAUUUUCAAGGACAAAGUUGAAGACAUCUGCUUGCUCUGUUGAGUAAGACCAAAGUUGGAAGACAUCCAGUUGCUCUGUUCCACAAGAACCAAUAUCCACAUAAUGAAAGAUCCUUGGUGUAAAGCCUGUUAUGCAUAGGCUUUGAGGAAUUUAGUUUCUCCCUAGAAAAAUAAAUCAUCUUCACACUGUAUUCAGUUCUUUCUGAGCCAUUUAUAUUUGUAGUAAUAUAUCUAUGGUUGAUUAAAAGUUUGUGACAGCAAAUAAAACUGAGAAAAUCCAUCAUCUUGAAUGUCUUAAAGAAUAGUUUCUUCAA